GUGUGCGCCGCCACGUCUGGCUGAUUUUUCGUAGAGAUGGAGUCUCGCUGUGUUGCCCACGCUGGUCCCAACCUCUCCGUCACACUCGGUCAUUCACACAAUUGUUGACUCCCCAGGCAGCCACUCCAUGUCCAGCAGUACUCUGGGGACCCCCAAUGGACACUGUUAUGGAAGCCAACGUGGGUGCCACUGGCCACAGGCCCCGCACAGAGCUCGAUGAUGAGGACUACUACCCCCAGGGUGGCUGGGACACAGUCUUCCUGGUGGCCCUGUUGCUCCUGGGACUGCCAGCCAACGGGCUAAUGGCGUGGAUGGCCGGCUCCCAGGCCCGGCACGGGGCGGGCACACGGCUGGCCCUGCUCCUGCUCAGUCUGGCCCUCUCUGACUUCUUGUUCCUGGCGGCUGCAGUCUUCCAGAUCCUGGAGAUCCAGCACGGAGGGCACUGGCCGCUGGGGACAGCCGCCUGCCGCUUCUACUACUUCCUGUGGGGUGUGUCCUACUCCUCCGGCCUCUUCCUGCUGGCCGCCCUCAGCCUGGACCGCUGCCUGCUGGCGCUGUGCCCACGCUGGUACCCUGGGCACCGCCCGGCCCGCCUGCCCCUCUGGGUCUGCUCUGGGGUCUGGGUGCUGGCCACGCUCUUCAGCGUGCCCUGGCUGGUGUUCCCCGAGGCCGCCGUCUGGUGGUACGACCUGGUCAUCUGCCUGGACUUCUGGGACAGCGAGGAGCUGCCGCUGCGGAUGCUUGAAAUCCUGGGCGGCUUCCUGCCUUUCCUCCUGCUCCUCGCCUGCCACGUGCUCACCCAGGCCGCGGCCUGCCGGGCCCGCUGCCGCCGCCAGCCCCGGCCCGCAGCCAGCCAGGGCUUCGCCCGCGUGGCCAAGACCAUCCUCUCGGCCUACGUGGUCCUGCGCCUGCCCUACCAGCUGGCGCAGCUGCUCUACCUGGCCUUCCUGUGGGACGUCUACCCCGGCUACCUGCUCUGGGAGGCCCUGGUCUACUCUGACUACCUGAUCCUGCUCAACAGCUGCCUCAGUCCCUUCCUCUGCCUCAUGGCCAGCGCCGACCUCCGGGCCCUGCUGCGCACCGUGCUCUCCUCCUUUGCCGCGGCCCUCUGUGAGCAGCAGCCGGGCAGCUUCCGGCCGGCCGAGCCGCAGACCCCAGUGGACCCUGAGGCUCCGACUCUGCCAGGGCCACCGACAGCUGUGGCCCCGCCUCAGCCGCACCCCACGGCCCAGCCACGGCCGGGUGCUGAGGCCCAGGUCCCUGGGCCCACUGCCAACUCAGCCCCCAGUCCCUGUGACGAGGCCGCCCCUGCCCCAUCCUCAGAUCCUGCCCCAGGGGCCCCUGAGAACCCAGACACCCCUCCUGCCUCGGAGGGAGGAGGCCCCAGCGGUGCCCCACCGGAGGCGGCCCCCGGCGCCGGCCCCACGUGAGGGUCCGGAAAGCCCGGGCCACCAGGGCAGUGGAAGAGCCAGGGUGAGACAGGAGCUAGUCGGUCCGAGAGAUGGUAGCCGUGGGGAAUGUCACCCUGGAAAACCCCACGGAGUCCCUUGAGCCUGGAAGGGCUUUGGGGAGGUGAGGCCAGCAGCCCAGAGCCUCAGAUUGUCUGCUGGGAGCGUCCCCUGCCCCGUCCCACCAAGCUCUUCCACCGUCACCCCUGUCACACACCGUUGCCCAGCAGCCCCCUGGGCCACAGCUAAUGGCAUCCUCCACCACCCCCAGACCCCACUGACAGGUCCCCUGGGCCUCGGUCCUCUGGAGGAAGAUAGCAGGAGGCACUUUCCCUGGGUUUUGUCUGACUUCCCUUUGACCCUUCCCUCCCUCUCUUCCUGCCUGUCCUGUCCUUCAGCCUGGACACAAGGAUGCCUAACAUAAUAGUCCCUGCAGACAAGAGAGGCUUCCAGAAGCCAGCAGCUCCAAGCAGGAGCCUGAGGCCCUAGUGGCCCACAGCUGGCCUGGCAUGGCCAAGCCCUCUCCACCAGUGAGGCUGGACCUCCCUCAGCAAGGCAGCAGCAGAAGAGGCAAGAGCUCUCUGGCCUGGAUUCAGACCCCACUCUGCCAUGUCCCAGCUGAGUGACUCUGGACAAGCUACUUCACCUUCGGAGCUCCCAUGUCAUCCGCUCUUGUGAGGAUUAAAUGAGAAAGUGUGUGAGGUGCCCAACCAGAGCCUGGCGCACAGUAGGGGCUCAGUGACCAGAUGUUCUUUUCCUUCACUGGCCUACAGGGA